AACAGCACAUAACGGCCUGCUCGAGUAGGUGAUACCUCCUAUACCGCGCCAUUAUACAUCGUAACCAUGGAGCGAGAUUCAGUUCCGGCAGGAGGACCACCCUCCGAGAAGGACAGCCAUAAGACGUGGGCUGACGGAACCGACUCGGGGGCUCUUGGUGUCCUUCCUGAUCGAGAGGACGAUAACUACUACCCUAGAGGGAAGAUGAAGUGCGUCAUCUUCAACUUAAGGCAGAAUGACAACACAGAAGAGGUGGAAAAGUUAAAAACGAUGUUCCAGUCCCUGUCCAACGUUGCCGUCGAAGCUCAUGUUGUUAAGGAGGCGGACGAAGUGAUCGAUAAACUCCAGGAAUUGGCAAAGGAAGAAAACUUGGCAGAUAUAUACACCUUUCUUUGCUGGAUUAUCUCUGCUGAUUGCGACAAACAUACCCUGAAGGCGGCUGGCAAAGUGCUGGAGUUUGACUCUAUAUACCAACCAUUUGCCAGUGACCAAUGCAAGGGACUGUAUGGAAAACCAAAGAUUUUUUUCUUCCAGGUCCCGGAGAAGAAGCCCGCGGAGGUGUGCAAAACGGACGGCGAUGUGGACACCGCUUCGCUGACUGAGAUUCAAGCCAAAAUCCCCAAAAUGACCGAUUUCUACUAUGCUUUCUCUUCUGCUCCGGGCUACUUCGGAAGCGGGUGCGACGACCAAUUCGUGAGAAUCGUCACUGAAAUGUUUGACGAAAAAGUUCCAGAGGAACCGGAGACAAUAGACCUGUCCGCUGUCAUGAUUUACGUCCUUCGUAAAGCGGAAGAACUCGGACAGGGGAAGGAACGCCCUUGCGUCAUGUCGUCACUGACUGGUCACGUCGCUUUAUCCAAGGUCCGCUCAACAGCGAGCGCUUGAGAUUGCCGUUUGAACAAUAAACAGCAUUGGCAAUAAACGGA